UAAACGAGGAUUUAUUAUCAAUAAUUAUGCAACGCAAGUGUGCUUAACUUAACUUACUGGUCAGUUAACGCUAACAGCUAACGUUAACUUAACUAAUUAACGUUAGUUAAUUUAUUUCCGCUUCCGGUCGGCUGUUAACAGUUCGGAGGAGUUGUGUCCCACUGACGUUAACACACCCUGAAACAUGGCUGGCAAACGAGCUGCACUGAAGUCCAUCGACUGGCUGGCCUUUGCAGAGAGGGUGCCACCCAACCAGAGGACCAUGUUUAACAGCCUGAAGACACGGAGUGACGCUAUUUCCGCAAAGCUCACCUCUCUGCCAGAGAAACCCCCCGCCAUUGACUGGAGCUACUACAGGUCUGCAGUGGCUAAAGCAGGCAUGGUGGAUGAGUUUGAAAAGAAGUUCAACGCAUUGACGGUUCCUGAGCCUGUAGACACCCAGACAGCUCUCAUCAACGCUCAGGAGGUAGAAGCGAACAAAAGCGCUACUGCCUACAUUGAAGCAUCCAAAGUUCGUGUUGCCGAAUAUCAAAAAGAGCUUGACAAAUUCACGAACAUGAUUCCCUUCGAUCAGAUGACCAUUGAAGACCUGAACGAAACUUUCCCAGAAACAAAGCUGGACAAAGAGAAAUAUCCCUACUGGCCACACAAACCAAUUGCUGAUCUGUAAAUGUACCACCCUGAUCUGUAAAUGUACCACCCUGACCAGUAAAUGUACCACCCUGAUCAUAUUCUACAUCAUCUUCCACCGAUGAAGACCUGUUCAGUAUGUGUAUUACAAUCGUUUCAGUCCAUAGUUAACAAAAUGACAAGAAUGACAAAACAUGGAAGUAUUUGUUUUCUUAAGUCAUUUCUGAAAGUAAAUCUCAAAAGUAUGGCACAA